AUAUCUAGCAAUGGGCAGAGCUACUAGUUCUUGCUCAUCUUCAAUUGACAGCAGCAAACACCCAUCUUUCUCUAGUGCUUCCUCUCUCUCAAAGCUAAAGAGAGAUCUCAGCACAGAUCUUAAGCUUGGACUUAGCAUCUCAGCCUCUCAACACAACUGCUCUUCUGCGCCAAGGGAGCAAACAUCGGAUUAUCCACCAGUUACGUCACUUGCAGAAGAAGGAAAUGAGUGCAAUGAACACGCCACCUUCUUUGUUAAGGUUUACAUGGAAGGCAUUCCAAUUGGAAGAAAACUAGACCUAUUGGCCCAUGAUGGUUACGAUGACUUAAUAAGGACUCUUGACCACAUGUUCAACACCAACAUUCUCUGGGGAGCUGAGGUGGAUAGAGUGCAUCCUGAGAAAUUUCAUGUGUUGACUUAUGAAGAUGAGGAAGGAGACUUGAUGAUGGUUGGCGAUGUUCCUUGGGAGAUGUUCUUGUCCACUGUAAAGAGAUUGAAGAUCACAAGGGCAGGCCUGUGCUGAUUAAGUGACUUUGAUGCAUACUUCUCUUUCUCUCCCUCCCAAUUUUGUUGACAGUGGAAUGAAUUCAAUCUAAUGUCCUCCAAAGCAUAGUACUAUUGUGAAAUAUGUUCUGAAGUUGCAUAUGUACAUUCAUACAUCAUACAGGCGAUAGUUUUGUCUUCGAGAUGUAAGAUUAUUGUAUGAUCAUGAUCAUGAUGUGGUUAACAAUUUUAUUGUAAAAACACUUAUCACAGAUGACAGAUAUAUUGAUGACCUGAGAAGGAAAGUUUGCCACA